UCACCAAACAUAGAUGUAUGAUGCGAAUGAGGCAAAAACAGUAGGCUGACUGGGUCGUAGGAUGGUCAACUAAAAUACCUGCCACCCGGAAGCCAUCCACGUGUCAAGAACCCAAUGCCCCCAAAUCCCCACGCUAGCUCAAACCUGGGAUCGCCACUCCAACUCUCUUCAACGUCAUCCUUACGUCGCCCCCUUCUCUUUUCUCUUGCAAAACUCUUCCCUGCGUCUUCAAUUUUUUUUUACAUUUGCCCUAAUCUUUCCAUCUUCUUUCUUUCUAUUUACUUGUUUCUUGCUCACAUUCUAGAGAAUUUUGCUUUGUUUUAUCAAAAACAGAGAAAAAAGGCACAAUCUUGGCAUGUUGGUGUGUCUGUUUCUUUGUAAAAUCCGGAAAUUGGAGAGUUAUCAUCAUAGCUACGCAAUUUCCUGGGCAAAAUGUGGGUUCUAGAGCUCUCUUUGAGUUAGGAUUACAAGCCCAAGAAGAGAGGAAUGGCUUAAGGGUUUCAAGAAUUGGAAAUGGAUUGAAUUGGUGGGUUGGUUUGGAAGGAAAAAAUGGCUACAGCAACUAGUCUGCGAUGCUGCAAUGCGGAAUUGGAUAAUGGAAUCUGCAAGGAGAAGAUAGAAGUUGAGAAUCAGGAGGAAUCUGAGCCCGGAAGGGCAGGGAAGCCUCCUAGGAAUCGUCCCAUGAUGCAUCAUUCUAUCAGCCAAGCAGCAUUGACAGCUCACACUAUUGGUUUUAAACCACCGGCAAGUGACAACCCUGGGGUUUUCCCUGUCUUCCGCUCUGGAAGCUGCUCUGAAAUGGGACCAAAAACGUACAUGGAAGAUGAAUUCAUUUGUGUAGAUGAUCUUCAUCAGCAUCUUGAUGUGACCCGGAAAUUUCCUUCUCCUGGUGCAUUUUAUGGGGUUUUUGAUGGGCAUGGUGGUGUUGAUGCUGCAUCAUACACUAGAAAGAAUCUCCUUAAUCUCAUCGUUGAAGAUUCUGAUUUUCCAUUAGCGAUGAAAAAAGCUAUCAGGAACGCUUUCUUGAAAGCCGAUCAUGAACUAGCUGAUACUAAGUCUCUUGACAGCUCCUCUGGGACAACUGCUCUAACUGCACUUAUGUUAGGAAGAACCUUGUUAAUUGCUAAUGCUGGAGACUCUCGAGCUGUAUUAGGUAAACGGGGAAGAGCAAUUGAAUUAUCGAAAGACCACAAACCGAAUUGUACUUCUGAAAGACUGAGAAUUGAGAAACUGGGAGGUUCAAUAUAUGACGGUUAUCUCAAUGGCCAACUCUCAGUUGCACGUGCUCUUGGUGACUGGCACAUCAAGGGCCCGAAAGGUUCAAAAUGCCCGUUAAGUUCAGAGCCAGAGUUUGAGGAGUUGGUCUUGACAGAAGAGGACGAGUUCUUGAUAAUGGGGUGUGAUGGUUUGUGGGAUGUUAUGAGCAGCCAAUAUGCAGUGACGAUCGUGAGGAAGGAACUAAUGCUUCAUAACGACCCAGUGAAAUGCUCGAGAACACUGGUUAGGGAGGCACUCAAGCGCAACACGUGUGAUAAUCUAACUGUUCUCAUAGUGUGCUUCUCCCCCGAUCCACCCCCGCAAAUUGUAAUUCCAAGAUCCGGGAGGAGAAGAAGCAUAUCGGCUGAAGGGAUAGAUGUUUUAAAGGGUGUCUUGGGUGGCACAUAAAGACAAGUCUAGUUAUGCACAGAUGAAUAUGGAGCCAUAUUUACCGUUUGAUGUUUCUGAGGGUAUCUGUUGCCCUUGCUGUUGUUCAUCAUUCUCGACUUCAUUAGAGCUUGUGUGUCAUUUUGACCCUUAGAAUUUCAUUGUUCAAAUUCAAUAACAAAAUAAUCCCCUCUUCUCUUCUAGAAUAACUUGCAAGAUUGUCGACUUGUGGACUACAGUAUAUCAGCUUUUCUCGACCUGGAGUUACUGUCAGACCGAGGCAUCUUGUUAAACUGAGUAACCUCAAGAUUUGCAAUCCGAGUAGUUUUUCAGACAUGUUUGAGAACUAGAUGGCGCAUAUUGACUGCUCCGAUACAGAAUGUCACUACUGUCUCAUACCUAAAGUAAUAGAGUACGUUUUAGUUUAUCGUUUAUCAUGUAAUAGGAACAUAUAACAGCCUUUACUUCCUCAACCAUCGUGUUUUAGUUUAUUGUUUAUAAUGUAAUAGGAACAUAUAACAAUCUUUACUUCCUCAACCAUCGUGUUAUUAUAUUGACGCUAGGUAACUUAUGAAACAAAGUGUAGGAUAUGGAUUUCAAAAACAUGCUUCUCUUGUUUCUUAGUCAUUAGGAUAUGGAUAUGUGUAAUGAACUUUUUAUCUUAAUUUCUUUUUGUGGUAUGA